CUUGAAAAGAGGCGCGUCCUGGCCACCGGGAACUUUCUUCGGGUAGCUGCCAUGCGGUCCUCGCGGACGUGUAGGGCCCAGUGAUGUCUGAGGAGGAAGGGCUAGAGGCGACUGUUGGGUCCCUUGUAGCAGCCUAUGAGAGCGGCAACGUCACCUCUGAUGUCACCGAGACUCUGCAACAGCUCUUGCCUUUCAGCCGAUAUUGCAGUGUGGCGAUAUGUGGCCCGGACGAUUGGCUUGCAGCAACCAGCAACCUUCUGUCCCCAGGCAGUAUCACAACAUCUCUCUGGCCGAAGUCGGAGAGCCUCGCUGGGCUGGCAGCCUUGUUGUCCAGGCAGCUCAGAAGCUUUCAGCAGAUAGCAGACCAGAGGCUCUUUGAUGUGGAGCACUUCCACUCGAUGCUUGGGCCAGGGGCGCUGAUCGCAACGCCGCUGCCUGGGGGAGAAUGUCCCCGGGAGAUGAGUGCGAUAGGGGACUACACAUCCACAGCUGUGGGGGCCCUCAUUGUCGACCUGGACCUGCAGCCUGCAACACCUGUGGAUCUCAGGAUGCGCGCACACCUGCGGACGCUGGCUGGCAUGUUAGCGCCGCUGAUAGAGGCGCCGGGCCGCGCGGCGGUGGAGGAACUGUGCGCGGCCUGCUUCCCCUCUGCUGCGUUGGGGGGGUCCCUGGGGGCUGGGAUUCCCCCGCCCAAGCUGCCGGUCAAGCCGCGCCGGCGCCGUGGGCCGACCUGCGAAGACGCCAAGAAGUGGCUUGACGAUGACGAGGCGGACGCGCCGGGCUGCGCGCAAGCCGUCGCGCAGAACCCAUUCCUCGAUGAUGCGACUGCAGCCUUUGAGCAUCCGCAGCCCGUGAAUGACGCGCAGCAGACGAGGCCCAACCGCCCCUUCAUGGAUCUCAGCCCGAUCAGCUCCUCUCUGCUCCCCUCCCGCCCGGCUGCUGCGGCCACCAGCACUGCAGAGGAUGCAGCGGGCUCAGAAGAUGAAGUACUGUCGGAAGCACGAGGACCUGGAGAGGGGUUGAGUGUGGAUGUUUCUGCGGCGGUGUCUGGGUCGUUGAGUUCGGAGGACACUGCGCGCGCAAGCAAAGGUCUCCUGGGGCGUGCCAGCAUGAGCCCCAGGCUGUCCUCCAUAGAGUGGCCAACAGGUGACAGUACAGGGGAGUGCCAGUUGCUGAAGCACAGAUUGGCACCUGCCUCGAUUAGUUUUGGGGAAGCUACCACGUCAACGGAGCAAGGGAAUUACGAUGAUGUAGUGGCUGCCCAAAUGGCGGCAAGGGCCGAGAAGCUGGCGUCGGCGGCGCAGCAGCACCCGCUCUGGCUGAGUUUCCGUGACAAGGACCUCGAGCGCAACUUUGCUGCCUGGCACAGCCUGCAGCUGCAGAAGCUGGAUCGGGCUGCCAUCUCCUUUGCAUCCUUCAUCUUUGCCUACCUGGGCUUUGUGGCUCCACACAGCCUGGCCGUGCAUGCGCCAGUAGCCUAUUCAGUCACAGCAGCCCUCAUGCUGUUCCUGCUCUGCUUCGCGUGGAUCGCCAACCCCGGCAGGUAUCUGGCGAGGCGGACGCUGCUGUUGAAGGCAUUUGUGCUGCUGUACACUGUCUUCAACACCCAGGUGGGUUUCCCUGGGGUGCUCAAUGCGAUGCACGGGGGAGAUGGGCCGUGCACAUUACCCUUCGUGCUGCGCUACAUCAACGCGCAACCCCUGCUCACGUCAUGCGUAGUCACCAUGGCGCGGCUGAGCAUCCAGGCGCCAAUUCAGGCAAUCCAGCUGGCGAUCUCUCUCGGCCUGCCCCGCCAGGUGUGCAGGGCAUGCUACACGAGCCGGUCUCACGCGGCGUGCCUGCUCAAUAUGCACACUCAGCAGCUUCUCGUCGGCUUCCUCGCACCACUCGCCAUAGUCUACAUUGCAGAGCGCCGUUUCCGCGCAAACUUUUUGAGCAGCCAAGCCAAGAAGCUGUCUUGACCCCGGGAGGACUCAUCUGUGAUCCUCUGGACUUCAGCAACCCGAUGACCUCUAGGUGGGGCCAUCUAGCACAGCAUGCACAGCAGGCGUGUGCGAAAGGCAAGCCUGGCUUGGCCAAGGCGCAUCUAUUUUGCUUUGAGCUCCCACUGCGGUAAUAAGCUGGGAGACUUUCCAACAGAUAUCCAGCACUGACCAUUUUCUCUCUUUGCUGCCGGUUAUGUCACGCCGAGUGAGAAAGUGCAUUGGCGCAUCUUUUGUGAACUGCUCUGCUGUGACUGUGAUGUAUGGACACACUUUUAUUCCCGCUGGUUUGUCUGCUUGUAAUCCUCCCCUCAGCAGCUGUGGUCUCUGGUGCUUGACUGGACCUGCAGCUGCGCAGCUAAGUCCUGAUUCCACAUGAGCAUCAUCUGUCCUGGGCCGCUGCGCUGUUCACUGGGCAGCACUUUUAGAAGUAGGCCUCCUAGGCAUGCUGCGCCCUGCGCUAGGAGUGCUGGAAAGAACAGAAAGGCAUUUUGUGAGAUCGUGGACAUUAAAGUACUUACUAGCGGUGUAGGAAAGAGGUAAAUACUGAUUUCAGCCCUCAGAUUCUUAGCGGUGCAAAGAAGUUUGGAACUUGAAUUAUAAUUGCAGAUCUCUGUGGAGGCUCUCUGGUACUGUUUGCUUUUGUCUGGCAGUGAACUUGUACUGAAGAGUCUCAUUUGUGUACUGUGUUUGCCUUGACAUUUGGAUGUUUGUGAAAAGCUUUGUCGCACGGAUCAAUAUCGUGGACACCCAUCAAAAAGAUAUCUAAUUGUGGUUCGCAUGAAAGAUCAUGUCCAACUGUAGCAUGCCAGUAUUGUGGCCAUUGCCCGGUACUGAUGUCUGCGCUUGUAAAGCUCUAUUGCAUUGUC